AUGCUGCUGCCCGUGCCGCUCCUGCUGUGUGUCCUCGGCCUGGCUUCGGCCGAGCCCGUCGUCUAUUUCAAGGACGGGGAUGCCUGGACCAACCGCUGGGUCGAAUCGAAGCACAAGUCUGACUUUGGCAAAUUUGUCCUCAGUUCAGGCAAGUUCUACGGUGACCAGGAGAAGGAUAAAGGACUGCAGACGAGCCAAGACGCCCGAUUUUACGCCCUGUCGGCUAGGUUUGAGCCCUUCAGCAACAAGGGCCAGACGCCGGCGGUACAGUUCACUGUGAAGCAUGAGCAGAAUAUCGACUGUGGGGGCGGCUAUGUGAAGCUCUUCCCGGGAGGCCUGGACCAGAAGGACAUGCACGGAGACUCUGAGUACAACAUCAUGUUUGGUCCGGACAUUUGUGGUCCUGGUACCAUUCAUGUCAUCUUCAACUACAAGGGCAAGAACGUGCUGAUCAACAAGGACAUCCGGUGCAAGGAUGAUGAAUUCACACACCUGUACACGCUGAUCGUGAGACCAGACAACACGUAUGAGGUGAAGAUUGACAACAGCCAGGUGGAGUCCGGCUCCUUGGAAGACGAUUGGGAUUUCCUACCGCCCAAGAAGAUAAAGGAUCCUGACGCAGCCAAGCCAGAAGACUGGGACGAGCGAGCCAAAAUCGAUGACCCCACAGACUCCAAGCCUGAGGACUGGGACAAGCCUGAGCACAUCCCUGACCCUGAUGCCAAGAAGCCUGAGGACUGGGAUGAGGAGAUGGAUGGAGAGUGGGAGCCACCAGUCAUUCAGAAUCCUGAGUACAAGGGCGAGUGGAAGCCUCGGCAGAUUGACAACCCGGAUUACAAAGGCACAUGGAUACAUCCAGAAAUUGACAACCCUGAAUACUCCCCUGAUGCCAACAUCUAUGCUUAUGAUAGCUUUGCCGUGUUGGGCCUAGACCUCUGGCAGGUCAAGUCCGGCACCAUCUUUGACAACUUCCUCAUCACCAACGAUGAGGCGUAUGCAGAGGAGUUUGGCAAUGAGACGUGGGGCGUCACAAAGGCUGCCGAGAAGCAGAUGAAGGACAAACAGGAUGAGGAGCAGAGGCUUAAGGAAGAAGAGGAAGACAAGAAGCGGAAGGAGGAGGAAGAGGUAGAGGACAAGGACGAUGAGGAUGAAGAUGAGGAGGACGACAAGGAGGAAGACGAAGAGGAGGAUACUCCUGGCCAGGCCAAAGAUGAGCUGUAGAGGCCAUGCCACCUUCUUCCAGGGCUGGACUGAGGCCUGAGCGCUCCACCGUAGAGCCGGCUGCGCCAAAUAAUGUCUCUAUGAGACUUGAAAACUUUGAUUUUUUUUUUUUUUUCCAGGCAGUUUCAGAUUUGGGGUGG